AUGACUGCAGGCAUGAGCACGGCAGGCGUACAUCGGGGCUUCCUGAGGAAAUAUGGGGGCUUCAUGUUUAAACAGUGGAAGGAGAAGUACCUGGUUCUGACAAUAGAGGGCAGCCUAUUGGUGUGCCGUGAUGCUGGGUCUCCACCAGACCAGGUGGUGGCGCUACAGACCCACUGUGAGUCCAUAGUAGAGGGAAGGGAAAUCCUGGACCUGCCCAAGUUGCCUCCAGGGGGCAGAAGGGACUGCUGCUUCGCCCUCAUCCUGCCUCAGGACAAGUUCCUCCUGCUGCUCUCAGACAACCCUGAUGACUGCAAUCUGUGGCUGACGUUGAUCAGGAAAGUGAGAGAGGGUGUCACCUCACCCUUAACCCUUCAGAGACAGCGAAGCAUCGCUCCCUGCAUCACAGACAGAGACCCCUUGCCGGACUCCUCCAGUGACAAAGACCCCGGGUCACCCAGAGUCAGCGAUGGCACCCCUCCUGUGUCCCGUGUCACUGAGCGGGGGGGCUCCUUCAGAGAGAGAGGCCAGAGUCCAGCCAGUGGAGCACGGCGACCUCUGCGUAGUGUCUCCGUGGCCCCCCCCCAUCGUGUGUCGGAUUGUCUUCGCCACGGCAACAGCAGUGAUGCUCGGGCGGUGAGGGCGGUGUGCCUGCUGAUGGGAGGAGCGGCAGCCUCCUCUGCUCUGGGCUACCUCAACUCCUGCACCCCCUCCUCCCCGCUCAACAGCAGAGCCACAGAGAUCACCCACAGCACAGGGGGCUUCUCAGAGCUCCCCACAGGAAGCUCCUUCCACGCCUGCAGCCAGGAUGUCGACUCCCCACACUUCAACAGCUUUGACUUCGAAGGAGACUCCGACUUUGAUGCGUUUGACUGUGGAGGAUUUGCUUUUUAAGGGAAAAAACCCUCUUUUAAAGACCUUUUACUAUCAUCAGAAUCCUUGUGUUAGUAUCUCUUCACAAAAGGGCAUUGUUAAUUAUUAAUUAUUUGUUUGGAAGUCUGUUCUUCUAAUAUAUAUAUUAAUGAAGGUGAUCUUCCUGGGUUUGAGCCCAUGCUCCUCAGGUAAAUGAUUCAUGAUCAUGAUUUGCUCUGAACAAUGUGUCUGUGUUGUAUCACUCUUUCCACGCCACAGAACGGCUUGAGGUUAAUUGGGUGAACGGUUACAUGAUUCCAAACUACACAAAUGCCAUUUAUAAGGCCAUUUAUGAAGAACUCUUAACCCCAAGUCCAAAAAGCAUACUACACACUGAUUCUAAUCAUGUUUUGAGUAUUGAGUAUGUAAGUAUUGUACGUACGUAUUGCACACUAUUUUCCCACAAUGUAGUGAGUUGAGGGAAAGGCGGAGGUACUCGUGGGGCAACAGUGAAUGAGAAGUUCAUAAGAUGCAUCUUUUUUUGGUAUUUGUGCACAGGAUGUGUUUAAAGUUGUAAGGCAGCAGAAGAUGUCUAGAAGUAGGUCACAUGACACUAAUCAGCUGACAUAUUGCAUCAUUUCCAGUCAGUGCAGUAUGUUGAAUUUCUUUCAUUCCAACAGUCAAAAUAAUAUACUGUAGAAAUGAGGCACUGCAGGUACUGUUAGGUGUUAGUACGUAGUGUGAUUUUGGGACACAUGCAGCUUCAGAGUGACAGCGAUAGUGUUUGCUCCACUGUGCAUCUCAUCUUUUUUUCACUGUAUUUGUUUUUAAUACUUUUUUAAAUUUGACCACUGUGAUGAUUUUGUUGUCAUCUAUUUGUUGUCCAUUCCAUUGUUUCGCUCUAUUUCCCUCUGACCUGUUUUCUGAAAUCACGCCCCACUCCACCCCCCACCCUCCUGUACCACACUGACAUGCAGUCCAAAGGUGAGCUCUGAAUAA